AUGGGGCUAGGGAAAGAAAAGGCGCGUGUCGUUGGAUUUAGGCUCAAAGAUACCAAGUCCGAAGACCGAGCUCCGUCAUCGCCGACAACAAAAGCCGUCAUCCUUGCGGAACCUCGUUCCGAUCCAACAUACAACCUUCCCCCAGCUCUCCUCCCAAUCGUCUGGAUCUCCGCACACGCCAUGUUCCUCACGCGUCUCCCUCGGGCACCAACGACACAGACAGUCCGGAAAUUCUCCAGUAUAGCCUCACGCCGACAAGUAACAAUACCGUAUACGCAGACAUGUCCCUCCCCAACCUGCGAAUGCGCUGCGAUGCCGCCAGACCUCGAUAUCGAUCGCAAGUCGCCGCUAUUAAACACAAUGGCUGCAUACGCUGAGCACGUUGUUAUUUGUACCGGAAAGGAGGACUGGGCCAGCAAUAUUGCGCAGGAGGAAGGCGAGACGGGUGAUUUCGUCAACGGGAUCAAAGGUAUCAUUGGCAAAGGCGGCGUCGCAUUCGAUCCCUUCACAAACAUCCUCCUCACCGCCUCCUCCCUCCCCAAAUCCAACCCCCAAAACACAACAACCGCCCUCCUCUUCCCGAGCUUCCAAAAACUCAAAAACAUGCCCAACUCCCAACCCGCCCUCUCAAACUUCGCCUCCGCCUACCUCAAACCAACUUCCCUCCACCCCUUCCACACCGCCCUCACCCCGGCCCAAAAGCAAAAUCUCACCCGCAACCCCGCAUGCGCUUCUACCCUUCCCAAACCUGAUCCCAUCACCACCCCAACCAUUCUCAUCUGCGGCCACGCCUCCCGCGACUCCCGCUGCGGCACCCUCGUCACAUUGGCGGCCACAAGUAUGCCGGCAACGUGA